AUGUUCUCCGUCUCUGGGCCUGUGCCAAUCUUCAUCGAGCGGACUUCGUGGGACUUCAGGCCCGCCGUGCCGUCACCACUUUCGUCGUCACCCAUCCGCGCGGCGUCGCCCCUCUCGCCCAUCGACGACAACACCGUUCGGCACACACAAUCCUCGCCCAUCCCCCAGCCAAAGUUCAAGUAUGCAUCACGGCCUGCGAGGCCGAACCCGGUCGUCCGCAAACGCGAAGAGGUGCAGGAGAGCAGGCGAAAGCUUUUUCUCCAGAACGUGCGGCAGCGUGCCGAUGACCGUUCCUACCAACGGCGAGACAUGGAGGGAACCCUUCUCAAGUCAGAUUGGGACCGCGACAUGCGACAACGGUUCUAUGCCAAGCAGCUAGAGGGAGACGCAAUGUAUUCUGAAGCAGACAUCGAUGACGCGGCGGCGAUUGCUCAAGAGCGUGCACAGCAGAUACCCGAGGACGUCGAUGAUAUGAUGGUCGACACUAUUGCACAGGAAGAACAGGAUGAGCUCGAUGCGCUGCUACUGUCUUACGACCAAUCUUCCGAACCGCGACAUUCAGCUCACUCGUCGCAAUCCACGCAAUCGGAUCCCUUCAAUCUUUCUGACGAUGAGGAUUACGACGCACUUUUCAUGAACUUAGUGUCACAGGAAGAUGGUGAACUGGACGCGUCUUCACAACAGAUGGACAUGUCUUGA